UGAAGUCACGGAGUGUGAAGGUUUCAUUCCCCAUCAUCUUCAUCAGUUUAGAGAUGAUGAAAGUUGGACACUGCUAAAAGAGACAGUGUUCCAAAAUGAUACUAUCUGCUUUCAGGAACUAGAGGUUGUCGAACAAGAAAUUGCCCAAAAGUGUGGAGGGCUACCUCUCUUAGUUGUUUUGGUAGCUGGUAUUCUUGCCAAGCCAGAAAAGGAAGUAGAAGACUGGAAGAAAGUGUCGAGAAGUUUAAGCUCGAACAUUAAGGGUGACUCCACACGGAGCAUGGAUAUAAUAGAAGUAAGCUAUAAGGAACUACCCAAUAAUUUGAAGCCAUGCUUUUUGUAUUUUGGAGCCUUCUUGGAGGACAAAGAAAUCUCUGUGUCCAAGUUAAUAUGGCUAUGGAUUGCUGAAGUAUUCGUCUUGGAAACUAAACACAAAAUGUUGAAGGAUAUAGCAGAAUUUUAUAUGGAUGAUCUAUCGGGGAGAAACCUAGUGUUUGCUACAAAGAGAAGAUCAACCGGUGGAGUGAAAUCCUGUCGUAUUCAUGAUCUCUUACAUGCUUUUUGCUUGGAAAAAGCUAAGGAAUGCAAUUAUCUCCUCUGGAUAUAUGGGGACCAUGAUCCUGAUUCACUUCAUUCUUUCUGUGAAAAGCCUUAUUAUCGUCGCCUAUCCAUUUAUUCUACUCGGGAAGCUAUUGAUUGAUACAUGGAGUCCAUCGACUUCACAUGUUCGUUCUCUGCUAUUCACAGAGGAUCAUACGAAGGAACUUAGCCUGCACAGAUGUCAUCUUUUGUCCAUUUUUGGCAACUUCAAAUUCCUCUUAGUGUUAGAUUUGGAAGGCAUAAUGGUUUAUUCUUUCCCCACACAACUUAUUCUCCUAAGGUACCUUUCUCUUCAGUUUGCUUCGGAAUCUAUUCCAUCAUCUGUUGUAAAUCUCUGCAACCUUGAAUUUAGUAGUUCAAGGUAUUCGAGUAGAGUUACAAUUGCCAAAUACAUUUUGGAAUAUGGUUAAGUUGAGACAUGUAUGCAUAGAGGACCGUGCCACUUUUGAUUUGUCCAACCUAGAUCACGACUCCUCUUCCUCCUCCUCGUCCCCAUCCUCAGUGUUAAAUGAUUUGGAAACGCUAUCUGCUCUGUUAUUUACAUCUGAAAUGGAUGUAGAAAGUGUAAUGAGACGUACACCUAAUCUUUGGAAGUUGAAAUGUGUAGUUUCAGGAACAUGGAGAUAUUCCAAAUUCUAUGCAGAUGAUUUAGUGGUCUUACAUUUUGAAUUCCAAGCAGUAUGUUGUUUGAUGUUAUGCAACAUCACUUAGCAUUCAUUUUGUUUGAUGUUAUUUGUACCUGUGCCUUUGUCCACUCCAUUCCCUUCCCUGUAGGCUGUAGUUGCCCACCUACCUCCCUAAAAGAAAAGAGAGGGGGGAGGGGGGAACAAAUUGUGGAAGGUUUCAUUAGUGGAAGAAAGUUACUUGUGCAUCGGAUGGUGCAAAGCAUUUCAGUGUUAUGACGUCGUGUAGUUUUAUCACUUUCUUUUCUCUUAAGAAUAUAGUUGUUGAAGUAUCCUCCUCAUCUAUUGUUAUCCCAUACCCUGCUUCUCUUUUCAGAUAUACCUGUGAAUUAUGAUAUCAAGAAAAAGAGGUGCAGGGCCCAGAGUUGUAAAGCUACACUUAAGCUUCCUUCCCUGUAGCCAAAGAAACUGACUGGAGAGUGCACUGUCAGGAGAGAGAUUCGAUCUUCGCAGAAUAUUUGCUAACCACUUAACUAAACUCCCCUGUUUUAAUGUUACUCCCUUCUUCCAAUUAACGUCUCCCUUUAAUUUAUUCCACCCUUCUCAUUUUUUUUUAUUAUACAUCAACAAGAACUGGAGGAGAUGAAGCCGAAGGCUGCCAACGAAAUUCUGAAAGAUUGUGCUUUUAUACUUUUUCUUUCCUUUAGACAUUAUCUUUAGACUAACUUCUGUUAUUCACUUCUAUUAGUUUUCCAUUUCAAUUUCCCCUUGCAUCAACAGCUUACUCAAAGAUGAAGACAAAUGUAUAGUUGUUUAUACUUCAAGCCACUCUUUGAGAUCAUUGCUAUGUGGAAUCCAUUCAGCGCCAAGUUAAGGUAAACUACUCAAGUGACAUUUGUUUACAGAUUGAAAAAUUGACUUUUCAAACUUAGAGUUUGACCGUUCGCGAAUCCGUAAAGGUGAUUGGUUUACACUACAUUUUUAUUUUCUAAUUCUGAUAACGUAAUAGAAAGUUCCUACAAUUGUUUUGACCAAUUAUUACACAACUAUGCUGAACCAAAUUCAGAACUUGGGUUUGAUCUGCAUCAUUCAUUCUCAUGCUUCAAGUUCAUUUACCAGGUAAGUUACGGAUCUUUGUUUAGAUUUUCAUCACAACCAGUGUAUGGAACUUGAUAAAAUUGCGAUUUACCAUAAAUUUCAUUCCACUAACUUUUGCAACAUUCAUUAAAAUUGAACCUAACUAUAGCAUGAAGUUAUAUGUUUUGGUUAAAGCAGGAAACUAAAUCUGAUUCACAAGCAGCCAAUAUCUGUCUCACUUCUCGCGGUAAUAUUCUCUAACACUUGUUUCUGUCAUAUUAUACAUUCAAAAAGUUAAGUACAUGUAAACCUUUUGCAAAUCAGUCUUAGAAGGGAAAGGUUAUAUAGUAUUGAUUGUAGUUGUGAAUACGGGAUUAGGAAGUAUAAUCAACUAUUAGGAAAUAAGAAUUGGGAUUAGGAAUUAUUGGGAAUAAAGCUACGCUGUAUAAUACAAAUACACUAGGUCUGGGAGAGACUGGUAACCUACAUUCUCGAACCUUUUACUACACUUUAUAGCUUAUUCACUUUUGCAUUCCUAUUCCUUCCUCUGAAGUAUAUAUGUCUAAGUGUGGAAAACAAAGCAUGACAAGCACUUCUGAUGUUGCUAGUCUAUUUAUUUAUUUCCGUAGGUGCAAUUAUGUUUGGAGAUGCAUUGUUGCCUUCAGAAUGUUCUCUCAUUGUUAAGGAGUUGAAGCAGAUUUUAUUGUGUUUUCAAGUGAGUGGAAAAUUGCAUUUCAGGAAAUAUAGGUGUGGAAAAUUUCAAGUAGACGAAUUGCAUUUCAUUGAAAAAGACGUCAUGCAAAUUAGAUUUAUGGUCAUUAGAGACAGAUGUAGAGUUCGACUAUGAAUUCGAAAAACAAUUAGUUUGGCCCAUAUUUUAUAUCUAAUUUUAAGAAAUCUAUUUAAUAUUUAAUCAGCUUUGCGAUUUAGAAUUUAUAUAUUCUUCGUUAUAAAAGUGA